AUAUAUAUAUAUAUAUAUAUACCUACAUGCAUAUUUUAUAAAUACAUAUAUACGUUAUAUAUACACUUGAGCCUCACAAGCAGAGCAGAGAGAACACGUAUAGAAGUACAGAGAGAGAGAGAGAGAGAGUAUAAUAUCCGACAUGGCCGAUAUCAGCAAGGACGAGCUCCGCAAGGAGAUCACCGGUAUAUUGAAAGGUGCCGAUUUGACAUCCAUGUCAGCAAAGAAGGUCAGGCAACAACUGGAAGAGAAAUUAGGAGCCGACCUUACAGAAAGAAAGAAGGAAAUUGACGAAUUAGUCAUGGAAUGUUUACAAGAGAAGCAGGACAGUCCAAAAAAGAACAAUAAGAAGUCAAAGGCCGCCAGCGAGGAGUCCGAGGACGGUGAGGAAGAGGAAGAAGAGGAGGAAGAAGAGGAAGAAAAGUCCUCCGAAGAGGAAGAGAAAAAACCCGCCAAACGUGCCCCUAAGAAGAGCGUGAGUAACAAGCGCAAGAAGGGCUCGUCCGAGGAAGAGGAAAGUGCAAGUGACGAGGACGCAAGUGACGAAGAAUACAGUCCCAAAAAGAAGCCCAAGAAAGGCAAACCUGGUAAGAAGGGCAAGAAGGGUAAGGGCGGCUCGGACGAUUCUGACUCCGACUGGGCCAACAAGAGCAAGAAGUCCAGCGGUGGUGGUGGUGGUGCCAAAAAAGGUGGCAAGGGCGGUGGCUACACCAAGGCCCACAAACUGAGUCCCGAGCUGGCCGCCGUGGUUGGCAGCAAAGAGAUGCCCAGGUACGAGGUCGUCAGGAAGAUCUGGAGCAUCAUCAAGGAAAAAAAUCUUUACGAUCCGAAGAAUAAGCAAUACGCCAUCUGCGACGAUGAUCUACUGAAGGUCUUUGGAGUCAAGCGCUUCAGAACCUUUGGCAUGAUGAAGUACCUUAAGGACCACUUUGUAGAAUAAAAUGUCCCUCCUCCUCCUCCUCCUCCUCCUCCUUCGCUCUAUGUCCUAACACAAAAGUGAUGAAUACACAACGUGUGCACACAAACGCGUCUUACCAUCUUCGUACGGUAUAAAAAGACAAAAAAAAAAAAAAAUACUAAUAAAAUUAAAAUUAACUAAAUUGGUCGUAGAUUAACAAAUACGACGCCACCUGUACGUAAUAAACGCGUACUUUCGCGUUAUCUUACACACGAAAUACAAAGUACACUUUUAUUUAUCAUUUGACACGUAUACAGCGCAUUGGAUACUCUCCUUUUUUUGUGUGAGACUAAUUGUACAUUCACAACAACUGCUUUGCUUUGAAGUGAUACAUCGUCGUUUUGAUGACAUUUCAUUUAUAAAGGCAUUAUUCACGUAAUGAUCAUAUCUAUCAGCUUUUUGUAGCUCAUAUUUUUUGUAAUGUAAACUUUUUUUUGAUUCCUAUUAUACAAUAAUCACAGGCGAUAAAUUUCGUUGAAAGUGAUAUGCUAAUGUAAAAUGAGCUAUAAUUACUAUUUUUUAUUUAUUUUUUUUUUUAACUAAGUAUGGAAUUUACACAUAUUGAAGUACUGUGCUGUACUGUGCUUAUUAUUGCUCAAACGUAUCUCAAGUGCAGUGAAAAAUAUUUUGUACAAUAUUACUUACAAUGAAUUUUCUUUUUUAAUUAGAAAUUUUUAACAUAUACUAUUCUGCGAUCACUUAUUGAUACAAUAUAUGUAUACAUGAAAUAUAAAAUUUAUUUCUUUAUAAUUUUUUUGAUCGUUCAUGUUUAAUCCCAAAUCAAAUUGAAAUCAG